AAAUACAUACUUCAUAAAAGUUCAAAGCCAUCCGAACCGAUAUUACCCAAAAUGCAUCGACAAUGAAUGUCUUCAUACUGAGCUUAUGUUUCUAAAUGCACAGAAGACUCGAUUUGAUCGGAUCUAACAAAGCACUGAUUACUGAUUUUGCUCAACCGUGACCUUUAACAUUUGUUUAAAUUCAACGUUGGCGCGCUCUCAACCUGCAAAUAUUAAUUAAUACAGUGCACUAUUAUUUCAUAAGUUUUUGGGAACCAUUAUUAAUCAUUUGACUGUGGAUCGGUUUCAAACUUCAUCAUUUAUUGGGGUGUGUGCUCGCUUAAAGGAAAACCCAUUCACGUCUGUUUUUUGGAUCUGUUAAGUUAGGUCUUUUGGAUUUGCAGUAAUUAACGUGAAAAUGACGAUUGAAGCCCAGUUCGGAGGCACCUCUGACUCGACCGAAAGCCCGGAUCAUAACCGUUCUCCACAAGAGCUGGACGUCGUGGAAGAAUGGAACAAAACGGAUGCGCCCUUCCCAUCGGCUGCAAAUCUAAUACAACUUUUUGAAGAAUCAGUCGAAAGAGCUCCUCAUAAACUGGCAGUCAUCAACAAAGGUACACAACUUACCUAUCGGGUGCUCAGUGAGCGGGUCAACCACCUGGCUUCGUACGUCCAAACAAUCAUGACAGCAAAUCCCGACCAGCUGGUUGCUCUUUUUAUGUACAAAAGCGAGCUCCUGGUCAUCAGCAUUUUGGCUCUCUGGAAAGCCGGCGCCGCAUACGUUCCCAUCGCUCCAGACUAUCCAGAUGAUCGUGUACGUUUCAUUCUGAACGACACCAGGGCAGUAGCUGUGCUUGCUAACGAAUCGUAUACAUCGCGGCUGUCCAUGCUGUAUCCCUCGGACAAAAUUAUUGCUGUUGAUAAUCUGAAACCGCUCUUGUCGAAACCACUGCCACAACACAACGUCUCCACGUUGGCUUAUGUGACAUACACAUCCGGUACAACGGGUCAACCGAAAGGUGUCUUGAAAGAGCACAAAAAUGUCAUCAACAGCAUUGUCGACCUGUCAGCGAGAUACAAGAUGCAGGAAGGCUCCGAACGGAUUGCUCUGUUCUCGGAAUACGUCUUCGAGCCGUUUCUGCGACAAAUGUUAAUGGCACUUGUUAAUUCCCAAACGCUCGUCAUUGUGCCGCAUCAGCAUAAACAUGAUCCCAUAAAAUUCAGUAGUUUUCUGCAGCAGUCAGGUAUCACCUACUUGAACGGCACGGCAUCCCUGCUGCAGCAGUACAGCUACUCGGCAUGUCCCGCACUUUCCAAAAUAUUAUGCGCCGGAGAGGAACUAACGCAACACUGCUAUAACAAAAUCCGGAAAACCUUCACCGGCACCAUUAUCGACGAAUACGGUCCUACGGAAUCAGCUUUUGUCACCACAGGAAAGUUUUUCCCAGCAGGAUCGGAAAGAUUAGACCGCAGUAUCGGAAAACCGUUGAACAAUGUGAAAUGCUACGUUUUAGACGAACAACUUCAGUCAGUCAAGGUUGGGGAAAGCGGUGAACUAUACAUCGGAGGCGCGGGAGUUUCUCCAGGAUACCUGCAGCUGCCAGAUCUGACGGCCCAGAGAUUUCUCAAAAAUCCUUUUCAGACAGAACAAGAGAAGACAUACGGUCAUAAUGCCAGAAUGUACAAGACAGGAGACCUGGCUAGAUGGUUAAGCAACGGUGAGCUGGAAUUCCUUGGUCGAAACGAUAAUCAGGUCAAAAUACACGGCAUCCGCAUUGAACCCGGAGAGAUCGAAGCACAUCUCUCCGCGUGCCCGGGUGUUACACAAAGUGUUGUUGUGGCCAAAGAUAUCGGUGCAGUAAAGUCUUUGGUGGGAUAUUUCGUUGGCGAUGCUGAAGAAAAAGCUAUCUUGGGGUAUCUGGCAACCAGACUUCCCCGGUACAUGAUACCACACAGAAUGGUACGAAUUGCACAGAUACCGGUAACAACUAAUGGCAAACUGGAUGUUAGAUCACUGCCGGACGUCAGCAUUGCCUGCAACAUCGAAAAAGUCCCCCCAUGCAACCACUGGGAAAAAGAAAUCCUGAACAUUUUUGCAACGGUUUUGAAUAUCCCUUUCGAUCAUCUUAGCGCGACUGAUGACUUUCUGUGCGUUGGCGGCGACAGCGUCCAAGCUAUCCAUGUUAUCGGGCAGGUUCGCAAGCGACUAAGUACAGCUCUAACAGUCGAGGAUAUUUUUACAAUGCGAACAGCACAAAAUUUGGCCUCUCACAUACAACGAAAUUCUAUCGUUAAUGAUGAUAACUUAUUACCGGUAUACAACGAGGAAACCGACGAGAAGACAGGGGUUAUGCCGGCCAACGGUCUUCAACAAGGACUAUACUACCGAUACCUUAAACAACGUGAAAGCGGAGAUGCUUACACCAUGCAGAAUGUCUACCAAUACCGGUCAUCAAUCCAUCCUGACUAUAUGCAUAAUGCCUGGAUACACACUCAGCGGAAGUACCCGGCUUUGCGUUUGAGGUUCGAGGUUGUUGACCAGAGGGUUGUGCAGAUCGUGGAUGACAGUCAAGCUCUUGACUACCACUUCGUGGAUCUAUCAAACGAGGGCGGUUUCGAUGCGCAAGAGAGGCAGAUUAAAGAUCUACUUCACAGUGAUCGAGCCGAGAAAUACUAUCUGGAGAAAGGCAAUCUGUUUCGCAUUUACCUCAUAAAGCGGAAUGAUGAACUGUUUACGCUAGUGUUUAGUUGCCAUCAUAUUAUCGUGGAUGGUUGGAGUAUUGCUGUUAUUUUUCGUUGUGCCCAUGAGUUUUAUACCCGCAUGAUCCAGUCAAACAGUGAUCAGGUGACCUUUGAGCCGGACUGCACAUACGCGGUUGCCCAACGACAUCUACAUGCACACCGCAAGGAGCACGAAGGCUACUGGCAGCAGCAAACGGCACGAAUCUCCGAGCGAUGUGAUAUGAAUGGUAUUCUGAAGGAAGAGCAUAAAUACAAAGUUGUCAUGGCAAGUUACGACCAUAUCGAAGAACAGCUGGAGCAGAGUCUAAUAAUUAGUGGAGACGAUUGCGCGCGAUUGAAAAUGUUUUGCUCCCAGAACGGCGUUACUCUCCAUUCCGUUCUGCAGUUUACCUGGCACAAAGUAUUGUCCGUUUGCGGUGGUAGCAGACAGACAGUGGUGGGAACAACGGUAUCUGGACGUAAUAUUCCGAUCGACGGAAUUGAAUCAACAGUGGGUCUGUUUAUUAAUACGUUACCGCUAGUGGUCAGUCACGAAAACGACAGCCAUCAAAGUGUUAUCGAAUGCAUCAGAUCCAUACAAAUGCAGAUAUCAGCAAUGAACGAUCGAAGCAACGUGGAGCUGCUACACGUUAACACUGGGGCGUUGAAGCAUGGUCUUUUUGAUAGUCUUUUUGUAUUGGAGAACUAUGCUAGCGGAAGUGAUCCACACCGAGACAAGAUGGGAUUUCAAGAGCAGCUUACAGUGGAAAAGCUGGACCAUCCGUUAGCCGUUCUUGCUAAGGAAAUAGGCCAGUCGAUCAAGUUAACUCUUCUGUUUGCUGGGGACCUGUUUUCAAAGACCGCUGUCCUCCAGCUACUGGACGUCUUCGCUAAACUGCUAAACCAAAUUAAUGAAAAUCCCGAACAAAACAGUAGUACACUGGAUUACGUACCGUCAUCACAGCAACUUCUUUUUGACGCGUGGAAUAAUACCGAAAGUCAGUUUCCCCGAGAGAAGACUCUGCACAAUGUCUUCGAAGACAUGGCGGCACGAAAUCCCGACAAAACCGCCAUCGUCUACGAGGACCGUCGCUUGACCUACAAGAAAACCAACGAACGUGCCAACCAGGUGGCGCAUCACUUGCGCAGCCUGAUUAACAUCCAUCCGGACAUGCUAAUCGCUCUUGUCUUGGAUAAGAGCGAAUUAAUGAUCCUUAGCGUCCUGGGCGUAUGGAAAUCGGGUGCGGCCUAUGUACCUACUGAUCCCAACUACCCUGACCAGCGAAUUCAGUUCAUCCUGCAAGACACCUCAGCCAAAAUCCUCAUUACGAAUCAGCGUCACGUUGCACGACUUCAGCUAGUUGCCGGCAAGGACAUUUUGAUUCUGCCAAUUGAAUCGGUAUUAAAGGGCGCUGCAUGCCUGUGGCAUAACGUCGGACCGACGUCAUCGAGUACGGAUCUGGCCUACGUCAUCUACACAUCAGGAACAACAGGGAAUCCGAAGGGUGUCAUGGUGGAGCACAUGGGUGUGGUUAAUUUGCAAUUAUCGCUGAGUAAAGUGUUCAAGCUUCAGCAACAAGAGGAAGUGUUCCUAUCAUUUUCCAACUAUGUCUUUGAUCACUUUGUGGAACAAAUGACCGAUGCGCUGUUGAAUGGACAAACACUUGUUGUCCUCAACGAUGAGAUGCGCACCGACAAAGCCCGGCUGUACGAAUACAUCCAGCGCAAUAAGGUCACUUAUUUGUCCGGUACGCCAUCUGUCCUGCAGAUGUACGAGUACGAUCGAUUUGAACAUUCGCUGACCCGCAUCGAUGCGGUUGGGGAGGAUUUUAGCGAGCCGGUAUUUAACAAGAUACGGAAAGGUUUCGAAGGCUUGAUUAUCAAUGGGUAUGGGCCCACCGAGAUUUCCAUCACGAGCCACAAACGGUUAUACCCGGUUCACGAAAAGCGAACCAACAAAAGUAUCGGAUUUCCGGUGGCCAACACUAAGUGCUAUGUUCUCAAUUACGAUAUGCAGUGUGUGCCUGUCGGUGGAGUUGGUGAAUUAUACAUUGGUGGGGUCGGUGUGGCACGGGGGUACUUGAACCGUCCGGAACUGACCGCGGAUCGGUUUCGGUCAAAUCCUUUUCAAACGGAGAAAGAAAAACUACAGGGUACAAACGGACGGAUAUACAAAACAGGUGAUUUGGUGCGAUGGUUACCAAAUGGGGAACUGGAGUACUUGGGCCGCAAUGAUAUGCAGGUAAAAAUGCGAGGACUGCGCAUUGAAAUUAGCGAGAUCGAGACGGCUAUGAUCUCUUAUCCCGGCGUCAAACGGGCAGUGGUAACGACAAAAGAAUAUACAUCUGCUGCGAAUGACGAAACUAGAAAAUACUUGAUCGGAUAUUACAUGUCCAACGCUUACAUUGCUGAACACGAAAUGAAGAAGUUUCUGCAGAUAAGCCUUCCCGAAUACAUGGUACCCCAUCGGUUAAUGCGUAUUGAGGAAAUUCCGAUAACGGUUAGCGGCAAACUAGACAUAAAGAGCCUACCAGAUAUUGACUAUUCUUCACACCAAGCGAUCGCUGUGCCAACCACUCCCGUGCAAACAAAAUUACGUGACAUUUGGUCGGAGAUACUCGGGCUUGCCGCUGAUGCAAUCGGUAUACACGAUGAUUUCUUUGGCCUGGGCGGUGACAGUCUCAGUGUGCAGCGGCUGUUUUUUGAAAUCGCAAAAGCCUUCUCGGAGCCGCGCAUCGAUAUUGCGUCCAUUUUCCGACAUCGGACCAUCGAAGCGCUGUCAAACUGCAUCUUAGCAGCUGCUAGCGCGGCACAACCCAUUGUUUCCUCCCACAUGCAAAACGUUCCGGUAUCUUUGGCACAAGAACAACUUUUGUUCAUCCAGGAUUAUGAAAAUGGCACAAGUGCCUACAACGUCUCUUUAAGCAUUCGAAUUCCUUCGUCGGUGAACAAGAGCAACCUUAAAAGAGCCUUAAUUUCGCUUAUUGGCAGACAGCAAGCGCUGCGAACGAUUUUUCAGCGAUCGAAACUUGAUGGCAGCUACGAACAGCACAUUGUUGCCGAUAACAUCAUCGACGAAAUCUUUAUGGUUGAUGAACGUUUUGUCGACAAGCUCGAGACACUGGACAACGAACUCCAAACAACAUCGAUGCAUGUGUUCAAGCUGAAUGAGAAGUUGCCAAUAAAGGUCACCGUUCUUGAGGUUGCAGAUGAUAAGCAGUUUUUGGUUCUUAACAUUCUCGUUCAUCAUGCUUGCUUCGAUGGAUGGUCUUGGAAGAUAUUUCAGCAAGAUCUUCAUGCUUACUAUACUUUUUAUCAGAAAAAUCAAAUUUCUGUGUCACAGGUGCCAGAUCUUCCAGAUCUCACUAUCCAGUACAAAGACUAUGCUGUCUGGCAGCGGCAAUUCCUUUCGCAGCCGAAACUAGAUAAUCUAAGAGCAUUUUGGAUGAAGCAUCUUGAUGGAUUCGAGAGUCUCCGCCUUCCAACCGACUUUUCGCGGCCUUCUCACAUCGACUAUGCUGGAGAAAAUGUCGGCUUCGAGAUUGACCAGCAAACUACAGAACUGCUGAAAAAUCUGGCAAAGCAACUUCGUGUCAGCUUAUUUGCCAUUCUAUUCAGUGUCUACGUGUUUCUUUUAAGCAAUUACGCCAAGCAGGACGAUAUCGUGAUUGGCACACCCGUUGCAAAUCGCGACCGGCUCGAACUGGAAAAUCUGAUCGGUUUCUUUGUUAAUAUGCUCCCUUUGAGAAUACAGGUCAAUCUGAAAAUGAGCAUCAUGGAAUACAUUCAGGUUGUCAGCGCUCAAGCGAUCGAAUGUCAGACCCAUCAGCAAAUACCUUUCGGAAACUUAGUAAGAGGAUUGAAUUUGGAUAAGGACCCCAGUCGCCACCCGAUAUUCCAGGUUGUAUUCUCGUUGAAUCCUUUUGAAACUGCCGACAAACCGGAAGCCGUGUCUCACGAAGGUGCUUUUGAAACACACCCUUAUACACCGCAAACCCAAGUCAAUGUUGUGGCGAAGUAUGACCUAACUACGACGAUUAGCGAAAGCGAUGCCAUGUUGAAAGGUCAAAUAAACUUUGCGACAAGUCUGUUUAGCAGAACCACCAUUACCAGCAUGGCGGAAAGCUAUCUCUGCAUUUUGAGGCAGAUUGCGAAACUAAAUGCCGCCGAUGACCGAAUACUCGCCAGCUUGCAUUUGGUCAAGGAAGAAGACUGUGUAUUAGAUGACGACAUAAUUUCUGUGUGCAAUCGUCAACAUGAGCUUACGCCACUCCUGCACUUGCUAUUCGAACGAACGGCGGAAAGGUUACCAGCUUCCACUGCGGUGGUGUGCCGAAAUACUGAAUUAACGUACCAGACGCUCAAUAACAGAUCUAACCAACUAGCGCAUUAUUUACGGUCCAUGUUCUCCAUCCGUUCCGAUACUUUGGUGAGUCUCUUUCUCGAUAAAUCCGAGACAACCAUUAUUACAAUCCUCGCAGUCUGGAAAUCCGGUGCCGCAUACGUCCCUAUUGACCCCAGCUAUCCUGACGAGCGCAUUCGAUUCAUCCUGGAGGAUACAAGUACCAAUAUUGUCAUCGCUAAUCAUCACUAUAUUAACCGAAUACAUGACCUUGUCGGUUCUACGGUGACAGCCAUCGGAAUAGAUAGCCCAGGGUUUGUUUCAGUACUGAAUAAACAACCAUUGCACAACUGUAAAUCAUUUGCCGAUGCAAACAAUCUAGCCUACGUUAUCUACACCUCUGGCACAACAGGACAGCCCAAGGGCGUAAUGGUUCCUCACAGCGCUGUGGUCAGCCUGCGAAACAGUUUAAUAGACCGCUAUUUCGCGAGGGAUAUUGUCGAUUCACCGCACCACGGCGUACUCCUUCUUUCCAACUAUGUUUUUGAUUUCUCCAUAGAACAGAUGGCUUUGUCGAUACUAAACGGCAGAAAGCUGAUCGUGGUGGCCAACAACUUAACCAUUGACGAUGAAUUCUACACGUACCUGAAUGAGAAUCGACUGACCUAUCUAAGUGGCACACCAACAUACUUGCAACAAAUCGACUUAUCGAGAAUCCCCAGCUUACAGAUGGUCACCGUUGCCGGAGAGGCAUUUACGCGCAUCCACUUUGAGAAGAUCCGAAGCGAAUAUAAAGGCAUUUUGAACAAUGCGUACGGCAUCACUGAGACCACGGUGUAUAAUAUGGUCUGCACAUAUCAAGCCAACGAUGCAUAUCAGAAUUCCUUGGGCAGCUUAUUGUCCAACACGAAGUGUUUUGUUCUGAAUAACAGCUUACAGCUUUUGCCACAAGGUGCUGUUGGUCAACUUUACUUGUCCGGCGACUGUGUUACACGGGGCUAUCUGAAUCGACAGCAGCUCACCAGCGAGCGAUACCUCCCAAACCUUUUCCAGACAGAAGUCGAAAAGCAGCUUGGUGAGCAUGCAGUAAUGUAUAAAAGCGGUGAUUUGGUUCGCCGUGCUGCGGAUGGCACGCUAGAGUAUCUGGGGCGCGAUGAUACGCAAAUUAAAAUUCGCGGUUUACGAGUGGAAUUGGGUGAAAUUGAAGCAGUCCUGGCGAUAUAUCCUACGGUUAAACAGUGUGUCGUACUGCCCAAAGGUCAUCACGGAAAUCCGUAUCUUGUGGGAUACGUUGUAACACAGGAAAAUUGUUUACUCGAGGAAAACAAAAUUCUUUCGCACUUAGGGAAAAAACUCCCAAGUUACAUGGUACCAGCCAUUAUUAUACAAAUUAAAGACAAAAUUCCGGUUACAAUAAAUGGCAAACUGGACAUGAGUGCGCUCCCCGAUGUAAACGCUGUACCGGUUCAGAAAGUGUACGCCCCACCUCGAAACCAUCUAGAACGACAAUUCUGCCAAAUCUGGGCGGAUUUGUUGGACGUUCCCAGUGUCGGUAUUGAUGAUGACUAUUUCCGCCUCGGCGGCGACAGCAUUGCGUCACUGCAGCUUAUUGGACGAAUGCGUCAACAGACACAGACAAGCGUUACCCUCAAGGAUAUUUUUAGGUUCCGAACAAUACGCGAGAUUACCGAGAACGCCGUUUCGCCCAAUCGAAUGCAAUAUGCGGUGGAUAUCCUGAAUACUGCAACUGAACAGGGGAUUUUAAGCGGAACGGUUCCGCUGCUACCGAUCCAGAAGUGGUUUUUCGACAAGAAAUUAAAUAACAUAAACCACUGGAAUCAGUCUUUUGCCAUUAAAACACCACCGCUUAAUUUUCCAGUGCUGCAGGAAGCUGUAGAAAAGCUGAUCAAACAUCACGAUGGUUUUCGUCUAAGAUUCCGAAAGAUCGGAGAUACAAUCGCACAGAAUUACGAAGUUAACACCGGAAAAGUCCCGAUUAAAGUGUUUUCCGUGGAACAUUAUCAAAAUCCGGAAAGCAUUCUAAAUUUUCAGAAUGAAUUCGACAUUUCAGGCGGUCCCAUAUUCAGCAUUGGUUAUUUGCACGGUUACUGCGAUGGUUCAGCGCGAGUGUGGUUUGCGAUGCACCAUUUGAUCGUCGACACUGUCAGCUGGCGAAUUAUCUCUGACGACCUCAAAACCCUCUACGAAGGUGGGCAGCUGGGCCAAAAACUCACAAGUUACCGGCAAUGGAGCAAAGCCAUCGAAGGCUAUGCUAAAAACGCAGAAGCGGAACAAGCCCUAUGGAGAAAGCUGAGCAGUGAGGCUGAUUUGUACAACAAGCGUAUCUUAACACCAUUAGUCACCCGGGAUAAAGCUUAUCAAAACACUAUAGUCUUGUCGAAAACAGAAACCGACCGCCUACUGCGACGAGAAGGAAACCUGAAAAUGAUCGAGAUCAGCGAUGUCCUGCUAACAGCGCUAGCGUACGCCCUGCAAAGUGCGACCAAACAAAACACUAACUAUGUCACCUUGGAAGGCCAUGGAAGGGAGCCCUGGAACGGUAUGGAUGUCAGCCGGACUGUCGGCUGGUUCACAACGAUGUAUCCAGUGGCUUUGCAUGUACGAGGCAGUUUAAAAGAAACACUGCUGCACGUCGUCGAGUAUUUACAUAAGGUCAUUCCAAAUAAAGGCUUGGGAUACGGCAGCUUCAUUGGUUACGAAAGUACUCUGCCCAAGAUCUGUUUUAACUACCUAGGCCGAUUCGGUUUCCAGAAGGAUACAGAUUGGACAUUGACGGACAUUCGAUCUGAUUACGAAAAGGAUAGGUCAGCUGACAGUCACCUUGCGAACAAGGACAUCGUGGAGAUCACGGGACUUUGUGUCGAUGACGAAAUACGCUUUAGCAUAAAGAGCCAACUGGCAAACGAAAGAACCGAAUGCCUGGCUUUAUCUUUUAAAGAAACCCUUCAGCAAAUUAUCGACCUGGAAGCGAGCACAUUGGCCGAAUUUGAGCCUUACAUCGACCUUCCCGGAAACGAGAACGCCCCCGUCAUUUUCGUUUUUCCUCCUGGUGAGGGAGGCGCCGAGAGUUAUCUGAACAAUUUGGCUUCAGAGCUAAAAGCUUUCCAUCUGAUUCUUUUUAACAACUAUUACAUUUAUCGGGACAAACCGGAUAUGACCUUUGAAGAGCUUUCCAGAUUCUAUAUUAACUACGCAAAACAACUGCAGCCAUGUGGACCCUACAAUCUUCUGGGAUGGAGUUUUGGUGGCACGUUGGCGCUCGAAGUCGCCCGCCAGUUAUCUCAGAAUGGAGACAAAAUUUCCAGUCUGAUGUUUAUUGAUUCAUACUUCGAUGUGCCGGCUGCAGGGCGCACUAUUGGUUGUCCCGAUAAGUACAUCCUCGAUCGUAUUCACUAUCGGUAUACUCGGGACAGGACAGACUUUCAGGACAUGAUGAGAAACGUCCAGAAUAUUCUUCUCUUCCGCGCUAUUCGACUAAGUGACAUGUUUUCUGCGGAAGAUGAGCGGCUGUUACACGCACAUUAUUUGCAAACACAAUACAACCAUCUGGACACGUUAAUGGAUGCAGCAUCGGUGCAGCUUAUUCUCAUGGAAGACACGCACCAUUCAUGGGUACGCAAUCCGGACACUGUGAGGCGGAUAGGUCAGCGCAUUCGGUCUAUUUUUUAUAGCUGCGAUACAAUUGCCGCCUAAAGAUGCUUAAAAAAGUGCUGUUGACGAAAACAGCUUUAUCUGCAUGGCUAGGUCAUGGAAUCCUCAGUGGCUGGCACGAUUAUGUCUGAACACCUUUUUGUAGUGCGUUGUAAGUAAUAAAAAAGGAAAAAUUUUCCCAUUUGAAAAUCGGUUUACCCAUUACACCAAUCCUUUGUACAUGUAUCUUACCGUCUUAAAGGUUUAGCAUUAUGAUCCCGAGGGCGAUUUUUGUGUAUUGUUAAUCGGACUGACACUUUUAUGGAUUCUGAGUUAUGCCGUCAUCCGUCUGAAUCUGAAAACUUUAUGUACAAAAACCCAAUCAGAUUUGAUUACUUGCUCACUUCCGCAUUUCCGUUUUGUGGGCUGACUGGUGAAAUGGGAUUUGCGGCUUUUCCACUUGUCACACCUCCGUUUCUCUCGAUUGUAUCUCAAAGUAUUAAAAGCUAGUCCCUAAAAAGACUCUACAGAGUGGUAGGGUGGACCCGCUAAGAUGAGGCCCAGGAAGUAUGUGCAGGCCACAUGCGGCACCUGCUGGGUGGUUCUGCAGCGUCCCGAAAGCCCAAAUCUCCCCAAUGAUGGUAAAAAAUGGUUGCUUAUAUGGUUGGUUGUAUUCAGGGUUUUUGUUUUCUUGAACAACGUUGCUUUUCAAUUUUACCGAUAGACCGAUAGUCAUCAUUUUAUAGAAGUUCAUAGUUUUAUGGGUUUCUUUAAUAAUGCGGGUGGUACGGAGGCUUUUCCAGCUGCCGGACUCCUAGGUUCGAUCCAGCUAUAGCUAGGUACAAGUAAUCAGCGGUCAUAAAGUUUUACCAAUUGGUUGACAACAGACGUGCACAUAACAGCAACAAGUGACCGUUAGUCGAAAAAAAUUUUAAAAACAGGCUACUGUGGCUUAUAACGUGGUUUUAAAAUACAGACACCUUUUAACGUGGAAUCAUUACAGUACAAUG